GUCAAGAGUGACAAGAUGACGAAGGGUACCUCAAGCUUCGGUAAGCGCCGAAAUAAGACCCAUACGUUAUGCAGAAGAUGUGGUAGAUCGUCAUAUCACAUUCAAAAAUCAAAAUGCGCCCAAUGUGGAUAUCCUGCAGCAAAAUUACGAUCCUACCACUGGUCAGUGAAGGCUAAGCGCAGGAAGACUACUGGAACUGGCCGCAUGCGUCAUUUGAAGAUUGUCAGGAGGCGCUUCCGUAAUGGUUUUAAAGAAGGGAAACCAACGCCGCCCAAGAAGGCUGUAGCUUCGUCAUGAAUCAAUAUGUGCUAAGUAAAUAAAAAUUUAAAAAACCAUA